AUAUUGAAAUUAUAUAAUUUAUUAAAAUAAAUUUUUAAGAAAUUUUUCAAAUAUAUAAUAUUGAAAUUUAAUUGUUUUAUAAAAUUGUCUAAAUUGAAAACAAACGCAAAAAGCCCAAUAAAAGAAAUGUGUUCAAUGUCAGUGCUAUGUCCAUUAUGCGCCCAAACAAGCUUUUCGAGUAUAGACGCUCUGCGUUGUAGUCUGAUUAAGGCCGCUAAUGGGCCGUUGGCAUGUCCCAUAUGUCAUGAAUUGUUUUUGGGUUUGGAUAAAUUGACAAUACACUUGUUUAGUCAUACGAAUAUAAUGAAUUCUGCCAACAAUACUACAAACGCCACCAACACACCACCACCACCAGCACCACCAUCAUCAUCAUCACCAUCCUCAACAACAGCAGACAGUGAAAAUAUGAAAAAUAUUGAAAAAUUAAAAACCCAAAAUGAAAAUGAAAUGAAUUUAAAACAAGAAAACAACAAUAGCAGCAAUUGCAAUGAGACUAAAAUAAAACAAAAUCAUUUAAAAGAUGAACUGGUGAGUUUUGAUGAAACUCACCACAAUCUUAACGAGAAAAACAUGAUAAAAAAGCCAAAAGUUGUCAGCAAAACAGACAAGAAAAUUGUAAACAAAUCAUUUAUAACACAACAACAUCAACAAGUAGUUUUAAAUAAAAGAAAUGAGGGCAAAGAGGUGGAGGUGGAGGAGGAGGUAGAGGAAUCAAAGGAACUUGAUAAUUUAGCCCAAUGUGAUAUAUGUGAAUUUACCUUUCGUAAUGAAGAAUUAAGAAAUAUGCACAUACGUUUAGUUCAUCAAAAUAUUGAAUGUCAUUCGCAACUAAACAGCACUUUAACAGCCUCUAGUUCAUCUUUAAAUAAUUGUCAAAAUUCUUGUCAAGAACAUGAUUUUAAAUGUCAUUUAUGUGCCAAAACUUUUAAAAUGAAAGGUUCUUUAAGAGUUCAUCUUAAAGUGGUUCAUCUAAUGGGUCUGCCUUAUGUUAACAAUUCACCAAAAUUAACCAUAUGUGAUCGCAUACGUCAUAAGGAAAAUAAAACUUUAAAAACCUCAAAUAUUUGUAAUACAAAUUCACAAUUACAAAACGAUAAUGUGAAUACCAUUUCAUCUACCAACAACAAUUUUAAAAACAUCAACAACAACAAUAAUAAUAAUAAUAAUGCAUUAUUUAAUAUACAACCUGUUAAUUUUAUAUCCAACCUAAACUCAUUACCAGUUAGCUCUAAUGUCAGUGUGGUGAAUUUAAAUCAAUCAUUAGACUUCCCCUCCAACAACUUGGAUAAUUCUAUAGUACAAGCUCCAAAUGUUUUAUUAGUUUUCAAUUCAUCUGCCUCCGCGGAAAUGUCACAAAAUUUAAAUUCAAUAUCUUCUAAUGUCAACAAUAACAACAACAAUGUUACUACUACUACUUUAAUGCCUUUAACUACACCUACAGAUAAAGAAAUUUCAGCAAAAAUCACUUCGGCUAUGAUUAAUGUUACCGAGAAUCCUAAGAUUUGGGAAUGUGAUGUUUGUUCGAAAGCUUUUACCACCAAAUAUUUCCUAAAGAAACAUAAACGUCUGCAUACAGGUGAAAUGCCAUACACUUGUGAACUUUGUGCACGUACUUUUACAUUUCAACAAUCCUAUCACAAGCAUUUACUCUAUCACAGUGAUGAAAAGCCUCAUGUCUGCUCCACAUGCGGCCGAGCUUUUAAAGAACUUUCAACGUUGCACAAUCAUGAAAGGAUACAUAGUGGAGAAAAGCCAUUUAAAUGUGAUGUUUGUGGCAAAAGUUUUCGCCAACGUGUCUCUUUCCUAGUCCAUACACGCAUUCAUACUGGUGUUAUGCCCUACAAAUGUGAAAUUUGUCAAAAAAGUUUUCGCUAUAAAGUCUCACAACGGACGCACAAGUGCCAACCAUUUUCAACAGAAGAAUCUUCACCACCACCCAAUGAGGAAAAUACCAUCGAUCAUAUGUCGGAAAAUUUUAUUAAAGCAUUUCUAGAAACUUCUGUUGCAAAUCAAACAGAUAAUCAAAAUCAUCUCAAUCAAUCACAUAAUUCACCAGCUAGUAAUGAAAUUGCUGCCAUUAAUGAAAAGGCAACGUCUUUAAAUGAACAACAAGCUUUACUUACAAAAACGAUCGAUGAUAUUGUCGUGGAAUCAUGCAAUAAAAUGGGUAUUGGUGGUGUUAAUGGAUUUUCACCACAGCAGAUUUUAAAUGAUGGCUCAAUGUCUCCAUCACAGAGAUUGCAAAAUAUGCGUUUGUAUUCGCCGCAAUUGGUUACGCCAGAUUUAAAUGUGAUUGAGGGUGAUUUAACGAGAUUUUUCAUGGAAAACUCUCAGUCAUCAAAUAAUUUAUUGUGAAUUGUUCGUAUUAUUAAAAUAUAUGUGUUUGUGUUAAUAGUUUAAGUUAAUGUUUAUUAAGUUCAGUGUGUUUUUUUUAAAUAAAAUAAGUGAAAAUUAUUA